AUGAGUAGAAGAUAUGCGAUAUCUGAUUUGCUAGAGGCCUCGGCCAACUAUUACGUCACUUUGUUAGACGACUACACUCAUGGAACCAUAGUCAAUCUCGUUAAUGUACACCAAUUUGAAAGUUUGGUUAGCCAAUUGGAGACUACGUUCCAUAACCCUGAUAUCCCACCUUUAGAUAUUUUCCGGAUCCUAUUAACAUUAAGUUGUCGCCUUGAUGAGAUCAAUUUUGCCAUCAAUGAAAGCGUCAAUGGCCCAGAUGCUUCCAAGAAUGCCAUGAACUCAUCACUACACUAUGUUGAUAUGCAUGGAGCUCGGUAUGAACUUCGUCAACGAAGCCUUCACAUUUUAAAGACAUAUUUGGCAAUGGCGAAUGGCGAUUAUGAUAACCUGUUGUUAAAGGAGAAGCUUGACUUUGUGUGCAAGUACUUGUACCAGAGUGUAAUGGAUUUCUUACCUGAUAGUCGGUUUAGUCAACAAGGGAGAGCCCAACGUUCAACUAUAGAUGAUAUUCUUGUAAGCUAUAGAAAGAGUGCAGACGAUAACCAUGAUACUGAUAAAUACGAUAGUGACUCUGUGAUUAAGGCUAUCACCGAAAACUCAUUAUCGCCAAAGAGAACAAGGUUUGCAGGAGUAAAUAUACCUGAUAGUUUCAAUAUAUCACGACUGGAAUCACCUGCUGGAUCUGCUGGUGGUGCUAGGAAAACUCCAGAACCUGAGAAACACGAAGCUGAUCUGUUGAAACGUAUUAAAGUGUUUGACGACUGGCUUGUAGGUCGUAAGAUCUCCGAUUUAAACUCAGGAAGAAUUUCUAAAGGGUACUGGGAAGUCAUGGAGAUGACAAUUGAAUAUAGCCAACGAUGUCAAAUAACCACUGGUAUUACUCAAUGGGAAGCCAAUGCAUUUGCUAAUCUAUACAACUGUUAUGCUCAAUUCUUACGGUUAAUAUUGGAUAUUGUCGUUGUAAAUCUCCAUCAUAAGAUGAAGAAAGAGAACUUUAAUCUUAAAUCCAUUCAGUCAUCGUUACUUUUCAACAAGAUGUUCCCGUAUACAAAACGUGAUAGUGUGGAAGCAGUAAUACGGUCGAUCUUAGUGGACACCAAUGUGGCUCAAGAACGUUUUAAGAACCUCAGAACCAUCUUUGGAAGAGAUAGGCAUUAUAUCGAGCAUCAAAUCAAACUUGGUGGCAUCAUAUUGGAACAACCACAGUGGAAUGCACAAGAUGUGAAGGUUGAUGCUAUGAAGCUUGUGUUUGGACAUAUUUUAGUGCUAUACUAUUAUCAUACACUAGUUAAAGACGAUCCUCAUUCCCCUUUCAAAAGUGUUGUAUCGAUUAUCAGUGGUAUGUUGCUUAAACUAAGUGCUGAAGACUUUGAGCACUUCUUCAGCUGUGCCAUUGGUGCCACUAGACAUGAGCUCCAUUUCGUACCCGGACACUGUGUGGUUGAGUUUAUUAAGGAAGUCAUACUGGAAGGGAAGCUAGCCAUAUCGAAUCUGAUCACAGUAGAUGACGAGCUUCAGGCAUGGGAAGUAGUAGAGGACUUCACUAGUUGUAUAGCAGGAAUUGAAUUGGGUGAUGAUGUUGAUGAGUUCAAGCACAAAUUAAGACUCCUUACUAUUAUGGCAACGAUUAGAACUACGAUUGCAGAUGAUAGUGAAGGGGACAAGCUCCGAACAGCAGUUCAAGAGUACAACAGGCGUAUGAAACAAGCAUCGGAAGAAGUGGCAGGAUGGGAAGAGCUAUUACUAGAUAUUGAUCUACACCAGUAUAAAGAUUGA